GUGAUCAUCGGGUUCAGCACUUCUCUUGUAGCUGUGGUUUUGGUGUUUGCUUUCUAACUCCAUUAUUUUGACAGGACCAAAGACAAGUUACAUGCAUUCGUACAUCAGCAGAGCAGAAAGGUGAUAACUCCUGGUGAAACGGCAGGCAGCAACUUCUCAGGUGAGCUGGAGCCCUGUGAAAGAGUUUGCCUUUGAAGAAGAUUCCUGUGACCCACUGUACUCUUUCUGCUGAAGAAAGCCCAGUCUACUGUGCCUUUGCCUAAGAAAAUGGAGAAACUGAUGUCAGAGAGGCCUAUUCCAAUGUCUAAGGAUGAAAUGCCUUCGCUUCCUACCCAGCUCAAGCCAGACACAAACUCAUGCCCUCAUGCUCCUGGCAAAUACUUCCUCUCUGGAGGGACAGACCAAGAGGACUGUAAGGCUAACGAUAAGGAAAGGAAGUGGAUCCGUCCUGAUACACCUAGCAAAUGCACGUGGAAGCUCGGGAAACCCAUCUCUGCCUCCCCUCAUCGUCACGUCACUCUGCCAGAGCCUCCAAACAUCCUGCCGAACAUCCUGAAUAAAGUUGGCAAUACACCUUUGGUGCGAAUCAACAAGAUUGGGAAGCACUUUGGGCUGAAGUGUGAACUCUUGGUAAAAUGCGAGUACUUCAAUGCUGGGGGCAGCGUGAAGGACCGCAUCAGCCUGAGGAUGGUGGAGGAUGCUGAGAAAGCUGGGAUCUUGAAGCCUGGAGACACAAUCAUAGAGCCAACCUCUGGAAACACAGGAAUUGGGCUGGCCUUGGCUGCAGCAGUGAAGGGUUACCGCUGUAUCAUUGUGAUGCCAGAGAAAAUGAGUAUGGAGAAGGUGGAUGUUCUGAGGGCUUUGGGUGCUGAGAUUGUGAGAACCCCAACUACUGCCAGAUUUGAUUCUCCUGAAUCUCACGUGGGAGUAGCAUGGAGACUGAGAAAUGAAAUCCCCAACGCACAUAUCUUAGAUCAGUACCGCAAUGCCAGCAACCCCCUGACACACUACGACACCACAGCCGAGGAGAUCCUGCAGCAGUGUGAAGGAAAAAUAGACAUGCUGGUGGCUACAGCUGGCACAGGAGGUACCAUCACUGGCAUUUCCAGAAAGCUGAAGGAGAAGUGUCCGGGUUGCAAAAUCAUAGGUGUUGAUCCUGAAGGCUCCAUCCUUGCUCAACCGGAAGAAUUGAACAAGACUGACAAGACGAUGUAUGAAGUGGAGGGAAUCGGAUAUGAUUUCGUCCCCACGGUGCUGGAUAGAUCUACAGUGGACCAGUGGUACAAGACCAAUGAUGAGGAGUCGUUUGUGUUAGCACGCAUGCUGAUCCGAGAGGAAGGACUGCUGUGCGGUGGCAGCUCAGGCAGUGCAAUGGCUGCAGCUGUGAAGGCAGCCAGAGAGCUGAAGGAAGGUCAGCGCUGUGUUGUUAUCCUCCCUGACUCUAUCAGGAACUAUAUGUCCAAGUUCUUGAGUGACAAAUGGAUGAUUCAGAAAGGGUUCAUGAAAGAAGAAGACCUCGUCAAAAAACCUUGGUGGUGGAACAUCAGUGUUCAGGAGUUAAGCCUCUCGGCUCCCCUGACGGUGCUUCCAACUGUUACCUGUGCAAAGACUAUUGAAAUUCUCCGAGAGAAGGGAUUCGACCAGGUACCAGUUGUUGAUGAAUCUGGGGUGAUUUUGGGCAUGGUUACCCUAGGUAACAUGCUUUCUUCGCUGCUUGCUGGGAAAGUUCAGCCUUCAGAUGAAGUCAGCAAAGUAAUCUACAAGCAAUUCAAACAGGCAGAUAAUCAAGCGUCAGGUGGAAAUGUGAUUAACCUGAAAGACAACUUGGGGAAGCUCUCUCAUAUCCUGGAAAUAGACCACUUUGCUUUGGUGGUCCAUGAACAAAUUCAGUAUCACACCGAUGGCUCCUCCAGCAAGCGGCAAAUGGUGUUUGGCAUUGUUACGGCCAUCGACCUGCUCAACUUUGUAACCGCACGAGAACGGGAAAGGAAGGCCAACUAAAGCCAAGGAGCUGCCCGGAGCCUCUUCAGCAAUGUUUUGCAAUCUCCAACAACAACAAAAAAAAUCAGGUUUAUUUCUUAGGUCGAAUGCUCUGUCCUCAAGGUGGAUGUUUUUUAAAUUCUGGAAAUAAGCAAUGAGCUAUCCCGGCGUCAGCUAUACAACCAGUGCAUUUUAGCAUAUUGCACAGCUUCUGGGAAUUUGUUUACUAAUCAGGUUACACGGUAUUUCUUAAGACAAUUUAUUUUUAUACCUAUAUAUGUAUGUAUGUAAAAAUGUUGCCUAAAUUAACUGGUGUGUUCCUUACCUGUUGUCUCCAAAGUACGGCUUCUCAAAAACAUUUCCAGAUGCACUAAACAUGUUGGAAUAGAGUUACUAAAGCAGAGGUCCAGGAGAGCUCUGGAAAGCUUUUCUUUUUUUCCUCCCCUCGCUGCAGGGCUGUUAAAUUAGACAAUACAGUGUAGAGACAAAACGGUAUUAGGGUGUGGAGAGUGUUUCCCUUUCGGUGAGAUCAAUGUAAAAUAGGGGGCAGGUGUGAGAGCUAGAGUUGAUGUUCAGUUCAACCAGCUCCUCUGAGACAAAACUGACAUGACUGGAGGCCUGACAAGGGACUGACAGAGACAAAAUAGUGACUUUCUUCUACACAGCACAACAGCUUUCACUGCGAAGAUAGACCUUUCUGUUUUUUUUCCAACUGUACGUUGAUGAGCAUGGGUGGAAAGGUUAGAAAAUAAGAUUGAGCUUCUUGCCUGGAGGUUUUCUAAAACGUGCUGUUCCGUCUAGUGCCUUCUCCUCACCCCCCAGCCUCCUCUUUAUCUAUGUUUAUGCCUGUUCUUUUUUUUAAUAAAAAAGAAGCCAUAUAUAAUCUGUCAAGAGCUGUGAACACUUUUUUUUUUUUUUUUUGGUGUCCUGUCCAAGUACUCCCAAGCUGGAGCUCCUUCACGUCAUGUGCAGCAGGUGAAUACAACUGCACCAUUCUACCGCUUCCAUAAUUCUCUCCGGAUUUUUUCAGUGGAGAUUGACCCGUGUAGCCACGGCAAAGUUUGCUGGCAGUAGCAGCUCAGCCACACAGUGGCUCUGCUCAGUCUUCCAGCUGCUGUUUGUGGUAAUGAUGGGUGGAAUUGCUCUGUGGUUAAAGGAGAAGAGUAGCUAUUCUUUGUCUUAAUUAAGAUUGCUCUAAUCAUCGUAUUCUGACCGGCCUUUUGCCAAGAAUACAGAUUAUGAUCAGCAGGAAUGACAUUCUUCUUAGCUUAUCUCUUUCCACUGCAGUAAGAAAAUACUCUGGCUGGCUGGGGCUAGUGGUGGUAAGAUAGAAAGUGUUUUUAAAUAAAAGGCAAUGAAUCAGAUAAGAGAAACAAAGGUGUUAUUUAAAAACAAAACAAACAAUCACACUUACUACCUUCUACCUGCUGUAUAUUAAUUUCUUUCUACCCCAAUGGCUUCCCUGUGGCAAUGGAAUUUGCUUUACAAGUUGGAACUGUGUGCUCAGAGGAGAGGUGUCCUCUGUCUCCCAUCAGAGAGCCCUGUCCCCCAUCCCUGCCGAGCAAAAACCAUAAAUCCGACCUUUUGCAGUUAUAUGUUGGGUGAUUCAGGCCUUGAGGGCUGGUACUGAAGUAACACGACCUACAGUCUCUUAAAAAAGCACUUGCUUUCUCCGGUAGGUGAUGUGAGUGGUGGAGACUUGCAGACUGAACAAACAGCUGGGAACUGGAGGUCUUGCCUUCCUGUCAGGUGAGGCGAGAAAAGAAGCAGUGAGUCACCAAAGGGAUCUGGUGUCUGUGGCUUGAAUGGAAGCAGAUGACCCUUGCAAUUUUAAUUCCAGCACCUACAGGCUGACGCUUUAUCCUUCAUACGCAAAUACUGCAGGCUGCUGCUGAAGCUGAGGAAGGACAAAGAACAGUUUAGAUCCACCUUCUGAGACUUUGUCAGGGUCUGGAUUCAUAUUCUCAAAUUCUUAUUGUAGAAGCUAGACAGCAAGAGUCAACAGUGUGACUCCCUGAGGAGAGGAGAACCUUCCAAAAAUGAUUCAUCUUUAACACCAGUUGUUUAAGAAAAGGGGUGAAUUACACCAGGGGAUACUUACCUUAAACUAUGGCUUAACCAUAAAAUUCAUAUACUACUACUUGGAGACAACUUUUUCUAGGGCUCUGGAAUAAACUGCCAGAAAGUUU